GCGGACCUGCACGUAAGCAUGAAAUCACUGCUUCAUUUCCCUCAUAUUGAGGACGUAAAGGGAGUGAGAGGAGAGAAAGCGGUGAAUAUCUUUCAGGAUGAGAUUAGAGAAGACAGAGGAUGCGAGGAGGCUGAUAUGCCGAUAUGGAGCUGUGUUUGUGGAACCAUGAAGAAGCUUCCAGGGAGAGAAUUUAACGAUCUUCAUAAAGAAAUGGCCGAGGUUGGACUAGGUCAUAUAAACAGCUUACAUAGCCCGAGUCUGUUGAGCAAAGUGGAUUCUAGUCUCCCUCUCAGACGCUCAUCAUGUAUAGAUCUCAGCUUCAAAAGACUUCUACACGUGUUUAUCAACGAGAAUGAGAAUAAACCAAUCAACUCUACCUUUAGACGAGUCUACCAUAUGACCUUUCAGACUAACGAGCUGGAUACUAUAUGGGAUCUAGUCAUCGACAAUCAAUUAAAUAUCAAACAGGUGAAACAAGCGAGUCUAUAUCAGAGGUUUGAUGUGUGUUGGGAUAAACGAGUUCCACAGCCAUUCUGCGUUUGCGAUCUUAGUAAGAAGGCAGAAGACAUCAUAUGAUCUACUCAAAUCCAGAACAUGGACAUCUUCUCUGGCCUGGGGGGUUUUUCACAGAGCCUUUUUUCAGUGACAAAUGACAAAAAUCAGUGACAAAUCUGCUGAUAACCAAUCAGAAGCAAG